AUGGCGAGUGUUGCUACGGACGUGCGGCCGUCGGGUGUGGAGACAUCCGGCGCGCCACCGGCUCCCCACAUGGACGCCCAGCCGAUGGUCAGCCCCAGCGCCGCUUCCAAGCGGGCUGUGGCUGACGACAAAUUUUACGGUCACCGGGUCAUUUCCGAGGUGGCCGAGCGCAUGCUCAUGGCACUCUUUUCGUGCAGCCACGACUCGAUGGCCGCUACCGCCGACGCCCACUCGGUCUCGUCAUCGAGUGCACCCCGUCUCGCCCACUUUGUUGCGUACGCACUGUACCGCACGCGCCUCCCCAUGAUUGUAACCUACUAUGCGCUGCUCCUGCUGAAGCGGCUCAAGACUCGAUACCCCGUGGCGCGCGGCUCCUCUGGCCACCGCCUGUUCAUCUCCGCCUUCAUGCUUGCCAGCAAGAUGGUGUGCGACGAUUCCUAUAACAACAAGAGCUGGACCAUUGUUGGCCAGGGCCUCUUUUCGCUCGCGGAAGUAAACCAAAUGGAACGCGAGCUGCUCAACUACCUCGACCUGCACCUCGACGUGGCCCCAACGGAACUCGCGCUGUUUGCCGAAGAACUCCAGCAGUACGGCGCACCGGCCGUGCCGAUGGAGGAUCUGUGUGCGACGCGCAUCCCCGUGGCGCCCAAGAAGGAGACGCCGCAGCCUGCCGAGCCUGCGCGCCCGGCCCGGCACAAUGGACACCGCCGCCGGCCGUCACACCGCCGCUGCCUCAGUCUCAAGCCCGACUUUUGGACGCAGGGCAACUCUGCCAAUGCGCCGAGCAUGCCGCACCGCGCCGACAGCGAAUGGAAUGUGUCCCGCCGCCCGGUCCUGCGCGCGUCGAUGCCGGCCCAACGCACGGCCCCGACAUCGGUGCACGCCGCGUGCGUUGCGUCGGUGGCGUCCAUGUCACAAUCCGCCAGCCAGCACGGUCUUUCCGCCAGCCAGCACGGUCUUCCGGACCGCAUGCCGAACGAAUGGGGCGCAUUCUAUGCAUCCAACAAUGUCUCUUGCUUGUCGAUGGAGACGCCGAGCUCGAUUACGUCGAGCAUGCGCCUCACGCCCUCGACGUCCUUCUCGGACACUGCGCCAAGCCCGUGGACAGGCAUGCCGUCCUACACGGGCAUGCUCCCGUAUGCCACGCCGGGCUACCCUCCCCAGACGAUUGCCACGACGCCGCACGCGGCCAAGGAUCCCCACGAAUUUGCGAGCGAACUCGGCCCCCCGAUGGGCAUCCCGAUGCACACCUUGUACUCUUCGUAG